CUGAAGGGGUCUCCCACUCGUAAAUGACCCGGGGGAAAAAAAAAAAUUCAUGACGACUUCACUGGGCCUCCUCUUAUUCUUUCAUUUUUCUUUCCACCUGUCCUCUUCGUGGAAUGGAGCGUCAUUCCUUACAGCACAAAAUCUGUUGUGCAUCUAAGAAUGACUAUGCUGUGAUAGGGAUUCUUAAGCAGUUUUACGCGUGAGGCUUGAAAUAUUAACAGAUGAUGGUUUGUUCGUUUGGAUUACUGCGGAACUGCAGCUCCGUCCCUGCAAGGAUUUUAUCCUCAGCACUGCACUGAUUAAGCUAUUUUUCUACAAAGAUGGCAGUGUGCAGGGUAGAAGGGAACAGGACCCAUAUGUCAGUGGUCUAGGAUGGCCAGUGAAGGCUCCAACAUCCCAAGUCCUGUGGUCCGUCAGAUUGACAAGCAGUUUCUGAUUUGCAGCAUAUGCCUGGACCGUUACAAGAACCCCAAAGUACUUCCCUGCCUGCACACUUUCUGUGAGAGGUGCUUACAGAAUUACAUUCCAGCUCAUAGCUUAACCCUUUCUUGCCCCGUGUGCCGCCAGACCUCCAUUCUGCCAGAGAAAGGGGUUUCUGCACUCCAGAACAAUUUCUUUAUCACCAACCUGAUGGAUGUCCUGCAACGAACGCCGGACAACAGCAUUGAAGAGUCCUCCAUCUUGGAGACUGUCACCGCUGUUGCUGCAGGCAAACCGCUCUCCUGCCCCAAUCAUGAUGGAAAUGUGAUGGAGUUUUACUGCCAGUCCUGCGAGACAGCCAUGUGCCGCGAGUGUACAGAAGGAGAACAUGCAGAGCAUCCCACGGUACCACUCAAGGAUGUGGUGGAGCAACACAAGGCUUCCCUCCAAGUCCAGUUGGAUGCUGUCAACAAAAGGCUUCCAGAGAUCGACUCAGCACUUCAUUUUAUAUCUGAAAUCAUACACCAGUUAACCAACCAAAAGGCUAGCAUUGUAGAUGACAUUCAUUCCACUUUUGAUGAACUCCAGAAGACUUUAAAUGUGCGAAAGAGCGUGCUGCUUAUGGAACUGGAAGUGAAUUAUGGCCUUAAACACAAAGUCCUCCAGACACAGCUGGAUACUUUACUUGAAGGACAAGAAAGCAUUAAAAGUUGCAGCAACUUUACGGCCCAAGCCCUCAACCACGGCACUGAAACCGAAGUUCUGCUGGUGAAGAAGCAAAUGAGCGACAAGCUGAAUGAACUGGCUGAGCGGGACUUCCCGUUGCAGCCACGUGAAAAUGAUCAGUUGGACUUCAUAGUGGAAACGGAAGGCCUGAAGAAGUCCAUUCACAAUCUGGGUACUAUUUUAACCACCAAUGCUGUUGCCUCUGAAACAGUUGCCACAGGUGAGGGACUGAGGCAGACAGUGAUCGGACAGCCCAUGUCCGUUACCAUCACAACUAAGGACAAAGAUGGGGAGCUCUGUAAAUCUGGGAACGCUUACCUCACUGCUGAACUGAGCACACCUGAUGGGAGUGUAGCGGAUGGAGAAAUACUUGACAAUAAAAAUGGCACUUACGAAUUUCUGUAUACUGUUCAGAAAGAAGGGGACUUCACUUUGUCACUGAGACUUUAUGAUCAACAUAUCAAGGGCAGCCCAUUCAAACUUAAAGUGGUCAGAUCAGCAGAUGUGUCCCCUACCACUGAAGGGGUUAAGAGGCGUGUUAAAUCUCCUGGCAGUGGUCACGUGAAGCAGAAAGCUGUGAAAAGACCUGCGAGCAUGUACAGCACCGGCAAAAGAAAAGAGAAUCCCAUUGAAGAUGAUUUGAUCUUCAGAGUAGGCACCAAAGGAAGAAACAAAGGGGAAUUUACAAAUCUUCAAGGAGUAGCUGCAUCUACAAAUGGAAAAAUAUUAAUAGCAGACAGUAACAACCAGUGUGUGCAGAUAUUUUCCAAUGAUGGUCAGUUCAAAAGCCGUUUUGGCAUACGAGGAAGGUCUCCUGGCCAGUUGCAGCGGCCAACAGGAGUGGCUGUGCAUCCCAGUGGUGACAUCAUUAUUGCAGAUUAUGAUAACAAAUGGGUUAGCAUAUUCUCAUCAGAUGGAAAAUUUAAGGCCAAAAUUGGGUCUGGAAAGCUCAUGGGCCCUAAAGGUGUUUCUGUGGAUCGUAAUGGACAUAUAAUUGUAGUGGACAAUAAAGCAUGCUGUGUUUUCAUCUUCCAGCCAAAUGGGAAAAUAGUCACCAGGUUCGGUAGUCGAGGAAAUGGUGACAAGCAGUUUGCAGGUACACUUGAUGGUCCUCAUUUUGCAGCUGUAAACAGCAACAAUGAAAUUAUCGUUACAGAUUUUCAUAACCAUUCUGUCAAGGUAUUUAACCAGGAGGGAGAAUUCAUACUGAAGUUUGGAUCAAAUGGAGAAGGAAAUGGACAAUUUAAUGCACCAACUGGUGUAGCUGUAGAUUCUAAUGGAAAUAUUAUCGUAGCAGAUUGGGGAAACAGCCGAAUACAGGUUUUUGAUGGAAGUGGAUCAUUUUUAUCCUACAUUAACACCUCUGCUGACCCACUUUAUGGUCCCCAAGGUCUGGCCCUUACUUCAGAUGGCCAUGUUGUAGUUGCAGACUCUGGAAAUCACUGCUUCAAGGUCUAUCGAUACUUACAGUAGCAAUGAGCUCUGGAGCUGGAUAAUCGUCCACCCUUAAGAAAAGACUGGUCCUAGAGAUCCAAUGCAGGAUAUCUCCUACUUUGAGUUCAUUUUUAAUAAUGAAGGAGUCUCUUAUGGACUUCUCAUGUUAAUUUCCAAACUUACCUUGUUUACAUAGGAUUUGCACCUCUUAUGUUUCUCACUGAACUUUUUGUUGUAAGGGUUAAUACACAAAAUCCUCUUUAACUGAAUUCACAAAGACGAUGUGAUAUUAAACGCAAACUGCAACUUAUGGAACUGGAAUUAACUAAUUAGGCAAAAAUGAGAAAAAUUUGGGAAAAGUCCCCAAAGCUUUUUGAAGACUGCGAAGGGUAGCUCCUGCUUAGAGCUUCCAAAUUUGAAGAAGUAUCAUUAUUAUGCAUUAUUUAACUCAGAGGUGAUCCUGGGAAUCGUCUAGAUCUCAUUAUCAUGGUAGGUGUUACGCUUCUAACAUUCUUCAGUCUUACUAUCUAUAACAAGUAGGUCCUUUUAGUAUAAGGUUAAGUCUCACAAAAUUCGUCUAGCUCUAACCGUCAGACCUAACACAGCUC